AUGUUCAAACAAUCAUUUACAAAGGCUUCAAAGUCAAUUAGACAGUUCUCUACAACCAGUACAGUGAAAUCUUACGCUGACACUAUUCCAAAUUUAAAAAUCAAUAAAGAUACUAAAGUAAUCUUCCAAGGCUUUACAGGAAAACAAGCAACUUUCCACGCUAAACAAGCUUUAGAAUAUGGCACUCAAAUAGUCGGUGGAACUAAUCCAAAAAAAGCUGGUCAAACACAUUUGGACAAACCUGUUUUUGCAACUGUAAGAGAAGCCAAAGAAGCCACUGGAUGCAAUGCUAGUGGAAUCUUUGUUCCUCCAUCAAUCGCAGCAAAGGCUGUUGAAGAAGCAAUUGAGGCCGAAUUGGAUUUGGCUGUUUGUAUUUCAGAGGGAAUUCCACAACACGAUAUGUUAAGAAUCUCUCAAAUCUUGAAAACCCAAUCAAAAACAAGAUUGGUUGGUCCAAAUUGCCCAGGUAUUAUAGCCUCUGAACAAUGCAAAAUCGGUAUCAUGCCAUCUUCAAUCCACAAAAGAGGUAAAGUUGGUAUUAUUUCAAAAUCUGGUACUUUAACCUAUGAAGCUGUUGAUCAAACCACAAAAGUUGGUUUAGGUCAAACGUUGGUCAUUGGAAUGGGUGGUGAUCCAUUCCCAGGUACUAACUUCAUCGAUGCCUUGACUUUAUUCCUCAAUGACCCAGAGACUGAGGGUAUUAUUUUAAUCGGUGAAAUCGGUGGUACUGCUGAGGAAGACGCUUCCGAAUUCUUGAAACAAUACAAUUUAACUAGAAAAGUUCCCAAGCCAGUUGUUUCCUUCAUCGCUGGUGUUUCUGCUCCUCCAGGUAGAAGAAUGGGCCAUGCUGGUGCAAUUGUUGCUGGUGGUAAAGGUGAUGCUAAAUCAAAGAUUGCUGCUUUGAAGAGUGCUGGUGUCGUUGUUGAACCAUCUCCUGCUGGUUUGGGUAUCGCUUUGUUGAAAGAAUUCAAAAGUAAAGGAUUAUUGUAG